AUGGAUAUUGACCUUAUGCCCUAUGAUCAACGGGCGAUCACAUUGACCCCUACGUCGCUUGGGUACGUUAAUUCGUUCAAAGGAAAAGAUCUGCAAAUUGUAAAUGAAAUAUGCGCUCAAUUCGGAAAAAAUCCUAUUCAACUUGAGCUGCAGAAAGCGAAAGCUUUCAUAACUAACUUUACCAAAGGUAGUGAAGACAUUAAAAUAGUGCAUACAAUCCGUCGUUUUGAUUUUGUUCUAGGAGAAUGCAGCUCUUUCCUGCUCACUGAAAUUAAUCGACUUUGCGACAUGGUGGUACAAAAGGACCUUCUCACUUCACGACCUUCUCUUCGCCAAACCUCGCCAGCCAACUCCCCUCCCCAAAUGCAAUGUGUAUCUAAUCAUCUCCGAAAUCACGUCAUUUCCUCUCCCGAACCAAAUGGCACAGAUGGCCAACUUUGCUUUUGGCCAAAUUGUCCUCAUAUCGCAUCUUCUGCUGCAGAUCUCCAUUCUCAUGCUGUUGACGUCCACAAUAUAACGUCAGCAAAUGUGGCUCAAUUAGAAUUACGAAUUCAAUACCUAGAAAUGACCUUCAACCAGUACCUUAAUGAAUCCCAACGUGUACAAAAAAUGCUGGAACAUCUCCUCAAACUUUCUAAACUUCUUGAUCAUCAAGAAAAGAACGCUCCAGAUCCACAGGCUGCGUCGAAUAUCCCCAAUCCUCCUUCCGGCACUCCUUUAAUCUCAUUUCAGACUUCCCAACCGACCAAAUUAAAACCGAUAGAAGAAGAGGAAGGAAAACAGUGGGCCAGAGCUCUGGGUCUUUUGCAGAACGCAGCUGAAAAUGGAUCCGCGGCUCUGCCACAAAGUAGCAGAGACCAGUUUCUUCUUUUCAGCAACCUUCUCUGUAGAUUGAACGGUUCUAAUGAAAGUGAUUCAUUUCCUGAUACCAACGGUGUUCAAUCGAAGACAUCACCGCAGACAAUUGUCGGCUUUAAAAACAAUGCAUUCAAUAAUUCUGCCGCUAGCCUAAUGAAAUUAAACUCCCUGGCGCCAGAUAUUCAAUCAUCUCCUUCUGUGAUGCAAGAUGACCCGAAAUCCAUCUCCACUGGAACACCUUCCCCACCGCAGAAUCCAUCCACCGUCCACUCGUCGUCAAAAAGGGAGCCCCAAAAUCUCUCGGACGAGUGUUCUAUAACACAGCGUCAAUUUUACCGCACACAGUUCAUUCGCCCCCGUUUUACAUAUGCAUCCCUUAUUCGUCAAGCUAUUUGUGAAUCACCUAAUCAAUGCCUGUCAUUAAGUGAGAUCUACGCGUGGCUUCAGAGGGAAUUUCUAUUCUUCAGGCAAAAUGAAGCCACCUGGAAGAAUGCUAUUCGUCACAACUUGUCGUUACACAAAUGCUUCCGACGUGUAGAAACCCCAGGAGGUUCGGUUUGGGUGUUUGAUGAAAGCGAAUGGUUGCAGAGGAAAGACAAUAGACAGGCUGUUGAAAGCCGUGUGGUGGGUAGGAAUUACGGGGGUCGUUUAAAAGCGGCACCGGUUCCCAUCUGUCCAUUACCAUCAGCAUUGGCUACAAAUGUCGAUUCAAUCAGAAAUCGAAGUCUCUCGGCGUUGGAAAACGAGCAUUUCCGCACUCUUCUCCAGCAGGUUACCAACUUACCCGUACCAUCCACAGCUAAUCCAAAUUCUGCCGAGUUUGCCGAAACUACUCGUUCAACGGCUUCGACACCGGCUAUUCCUAUGCCCCUAAUAAAUACACCAAACGUGUCCAAUAACACGAAUGCACAUUCCAGCAAUCCCAUUUCUACGUCUCCGGUUGUGAAUGCCAUGUGCGAUGAUGAACAUGUCCUCCAACACGACAUAAAAAUGGACACAGGUGAAAUUUUCCGAAGGGAGGAUGCUACAUCCGUUUCAUCUACAUAA